CUUGGCUCAUCACAGCUGUACUAAGGUUUCCCUAGCUGACUCCAAGGGGCGGCAGACAAUCCCCGCAUUGUCACCAGGGCUGCACCAUGGAGCAGAGGCGCUGCGGUGAGGAGAGCCCCGGGCCUGGGCUUGUCCAGCCUCUGCUGCAGAUGCUCCGUCUGACCCCCCCAAGCCCUGGGGCACCCCGGUCCAACCAAACUGCCCAGGUGGAUGCGGCCCAGAAUGUGGCAACCAUCCGGGUGACCUCGGCUCAGAGCAACCGCAGCUGGGCAGUGCUGUUCGACGGGCAGAGCGGCUGCGUCUGUUACCGCCCCUCGGAACACCCAGCCUGCUUCCUCUGCCCGAUGGAGCCCCGAGACCGCGAGACCCUACAGCUGCUGGUGAACACGUCCAGGGACCACAGGCUCCCCAGCCCCAGCCAGGACACCCACUACACCCAGGAGCUGCUGGCAGUGCUGGGGAGCCGCGAGGUGGACCCUGCCCAGGUGGGCGACUCUGUGCGGCAUCUUUGUGGCAAGACGCCCAUUUACUGGGCCCGCCGAGCGGAGGGGCCCCAGAGGCAGCGGCUCAUCUACCUGUGCAUCGACAUCUGCUUCCCCAGCAACAUCUGCGUGUCCGUCUGCUUUUAUUACCUCCCAGACUAAGUGCCUCACCCGGCCAGCCCCCCAGGCCAGCCUCGUCGCAG